AUGACCCUACAAAUAGGCCUAUUUGCAUCCGUGAUGGCAGAAACUACCGUUCCUGAUUUCCCUGGACGGAUUUCUUGGAAAAGCGCCCUCUGCCUUAAGAAGAUUGUUAUGAAGUUUGAGGAAAUGGAUCUUGUGGAGAAGGUGUACAAUACCCAAUUCAGAUAUAUAGUCUCUGCGCCAGUGUUGCAGUUCUCAGGAACUAUUGAGGAUUAUGAUGAUGAAGAGGAGGGAAGUGAACCUGAGGAUGAACAUGAAGAACCUACUUCCAAACCAAACACCCGGAAGAGAAAGGCUGCGCUUAAUCUCAAAGAAGCCGUAAACCUGAAGAGGAAACUUGCUUAUGAAUCUAGUCCUGCCAACAUUCCUAGCCCCCCAUCCGCUACUAGUCCUGGAUUACCUCCAACAUCUUCUGUUGGAUGUAAAUGUGAAGAGCUGAAAGAGGAGGUAAAAGCGCUGAAGGAGGAGCUCAUCAAAGAGGUGAAGGAGGAGCUCAAAGAGAUGAAAACAGCUUACGAAGAAACUCAAACAAAUCACAAGGCUUAUAUGAAAAAGCUGGUUGAUAGGAAGGCGGAGGAUAGUGUGGUGAAGGUGGACGAGACUGAGAAUAAUGUGAAGGUGGAUGGUGGGGAGAUGUUGCUCUCCGAUAUGAUGCAAGAAAUAAUUGAGAAAAAGAAGGAUAAGGUCAAGGUUGAGAAGGUUGAGAAGGUAGAGAAGAAAGCCAAGGUUGGGAAGGUUAAACUCAAGGUUGGGAAGGUUGAGAAGAAAGUCAAGUUGAAAGAUGAAGCUACCAAUGAUGAGACAAAGACUGUGUUUACUUGCGAAGCACGAAAGAAGUUGUUUGUUAGAGUUCUAACAAAGUCCACAUGGCUUAAAGAUCCUGAAAUCGACGCAGUCUGCCACUUGUUGCGCAAAAGGAUUGAGCAAUAUCCCAAGACAUAUAAACAUUGUAAAGUAUCAAUAGGGGAUUGCUUAUUAGCAGAUAUGAUGAGGCGAGAGUACCCGAACUAUAAAAAAGAUCCUGAAAAAUUUCCAAUAUCAGACGUCUUUUCUCAGUACUUCUGGGGAGCGCCUCAUAGACAUAUGCCAGAAUGGCCACUAGUAGACGAUAUUUACGUGCCUUUGAACAUUGGCAACAAGCAUUGGGUACUGUGCGUCGUUCGUGUACAAGAUAAUCACAUUGACGUUUAUGACUGCGACUCGAGUAUUUAUAGGAAUCUCGAUCCAUACAUGAGACCUUUGUGUGAGAUGUUUCCACGAAUAUAUGCAAUGGGAGCCAGUGAUGCUGAGCUACGACGGUAUCCUAAUUUCAAUUUCCAGAAACUGACAUAUAAAAGGUUGCCACACCCAGUCAAAAAUGCAGUCGCCAAAAAUGGGGAAGUCCCUAGAGCAGCAGAAAGUGGGGAUUGUGGUGUAUUUAUGCUUAUGCACAUGGAAUACUUGACUGCUGGUUUAGGUGUAGAAAAGAACUUGACUUGUGCUUAUGUAUUCUGA